UCAUAUUUGAGAUAAAAAUGGCCGAAACAGCUCCCGAUGCCUCUGAGAAACUGGUUGUCAUUCACUCCAAAGCUCACAAAGAUACCAUUCUGGCCAAUUUUGAAGAACAAAGGAAGAAAGAUUUUCUUUGUGACAUUACUCUCAUAGUGGAGAACGUUCAGUUCAGAGCCCACAAAGCUUUGCUCGCUGCCAGCAGCGAGUACUUCUCCAUGAUGUUUGUGGAUGAGGGUGAAAUAGGGCAGUCAAUUUACAUGCUGGAGGGAAUGGUGGCGGAGGCUUUUGGAGCGCUGCUGGAGUUUAUCUACACUGGUUAUCUGCAUGCCAGUGAGAAAAGCACGGAGCAAAUCCUCGCUACCGCACAGCUGCUCAAAGUGAACGACUUGGUGUGGGCCUGCACGGAGUACCAGGCCGGUCGCAGCCCGAGCAGCGCGCUGCCUGCGCCGUCCCGCUGCGGCCCUGCUCCCGCCGUGGCUGCAAGCGACAGCAGGAACCCGGAUCCCCCAAAGCGGAAGCGGGGGCGGCCGAGGAAAGUCAGGAGCACCCAGGAAGAGAAAUCAGAAGCGAAUUCUGCUGAGGAUGUGCAACUGAGAGAGAAUAAUUCCAUGCAAAAUAAACAAAAUUUUAUGAAGAAAGAUGGCGCAGCAGAAGAACCAGUUGUCAGCGAGCAGGCUCCCGUGAUGAAAGAUGCGGAAGAAACUGAGCGGGCUUGCAGCUCGGAGGAUGCUGUGGAUCUGUCAGCUGAGAAGGAUGAGAAUUAUGAUCCCAAAUCUGAGGGAAUGCAGAGCGCUCAGAGCCGCUACAGCAAACGCAGAAUAAAGAGGUCGAUCAAACUGAAAGAUUACAAACUUCUUGGUGAUGAGGAGGAAAAAGGACUGGCAAAGAAAACUGAUGGGAAAAAAAAACGUACCGGGUCUGAGGCUCGUUGUAAAGACUGUGGCAAAGUAUUUAAAUACAAUCACUUUUUAGCAAUUCAUCAAAGAAGUCAUACAGGGGAGCGCCCUUUUAAGUGCAGCGAGUGUGGCAAAGGCUUUUCCCAGAAACACUCUCUUCAAGUCCAUGAGCGGAUGCACACUGGAGAGCGGCCGUACACGUGCACGGUCUGCAGUAAGGCUCUAACUACAAAACACUCUCUUCUGGAGCAUAUGAGCCUACAUACAGGGCAGAAGGCUUUUACAUGCGAUCAGUGUGGGAAAUACUUUAGCCAGAAGAGACAGCUCAAGAGUCAUUAUCGAGUACAUACAGGCCGUUCAUUGCCGGAAUGUAACCAGUGUCGUCGCAAAUUCAUGGAUGCAGCUCAGUUAAAGAAACAUCUAAGAACACAUACAGGUGAGAAGCCAUUCACUUGUGAAAUUUGUGGCAAAUCGUUCACGGCUAAAAGUUCUCUUCAAACUCACAUUAGAAUUCACAGAGGAGAAAAGCCGUAUUCUUGUGGUAUAUGCGGAAAAUCCUUCUCUGAUUCCAGUGCUAAACGAAGACACUGUAUCUUACAUACAGGCAAAAAGCCUUUCUCCUGCCCAGAAUGUAAUUUGCAGUUUGCCCGUCUGGACAAUCUGAAGUCUCAUUUGAAGAUUCACAGCAAGGAAAAGCAGUUCCAGGAGGCCAACAGCGCUCCAAGCGGCAACACUCAUUCAGAAGAGGUGAGAAACAUUCUUCAACUGCAGCAGUAUCAGCUCGCCACCUCUGGAGGGCAGGAAAUCCAGCUGCUGGUCACGGAUGCAGUACAUAACAUAAACUUUGUGCCUAGUCAUAACCAAGGUAUUAGUAUCGUAACUACAGAAAACGCCCCAAAUUUGACAACGGAGCAGGCUGCUAACCUCACGCUGCUCACUCAGCCACCCCAGCAGUUGCAGAACUUGUUGGUUUCCACUCAGCAGGAUCAAGCAGAACAAAUCCAAAGUAUCAAUAUGAUGGCAAACCAAAUUGGGCCUGCCCAGCCUGAACAAAUGCAUGUUAUCGCUCUUUCCAAGGAAGCACUAGAGCAUCUCCGUGUUCAUCAAGGACAAAACCAAGAAAUCCACCUACCAGGAUCUUCGCAUCCAGCUCAGCACAUGCCGCUCACUCAGGAAUUAAGCCAUCAGUCCCACUCUAGCCAAGAUGCAGUCCCUUCCCAUCAACUCAGUGAUGGACAGAUCCCAAAUGUACACGUUCCUGAAUCUCAUCAGCAAUCUCUGUCAGUAAACGAAGCAUCUCAUGAGCAUCCUAUUCAAGAUCAGGCUUUUUGA